AUGCAGGGACUAGAUGGGUCGGGCAGAAAGGUGCUGGAUCAAGGGGAGGAGGGGGCAGCCCGGAGCGCGCGCACGCUCUGGACUCGUGCAACCGCCAAAACGGGCCUCGGCCUCCCAAAGUGCUGGGAUUACAGGCGCGAGCCCCCGCGCCCGGCCGCUGUUGCCCUUUUAAGCUGCGGCUUGACAGGAGCCGCCCCUCCUGUCGGUGGCGUCGGUUACAAAGGGAGCAGCCCCCGAGGCCGCCACACAGCUCCCCGCCGAGGCCUCGGUGCCCCUUCCCAUUUUCCAUCCGCGCUCCCACCAAGGCUGAGGCGGCGGGGAGAGGCGAAGCCGCGAGGGCUCGGCCGGGCGGCCGCCGGGUGGUCGCAGCCAUGACAGCGGCGCCCCUCCCGCCGGAGAUGAGGGGAAGAUGUCCCUGUCAGGGUUAAGGCCAAGCUGAAGUUGCCGGCGUCUACCUUCCACAAGAACCAGGAGCCGCAGCCGCGGCUCACGCUCCACUGCCACAUAACGUUCGUGUUUAAGGAGAAACUAACAAUGAAAACGGACUCGUUGACGGAGGAAAAGUUGGAAUGCAGCCUCUGGUGCUGUUUGAGCGAUCCCUCUCCCCGGGGCCUGGCCGCGCUGCUGUGUUCUGGAAGGGCUCAUUGUACAGUCAAGGUGGAGGUAAGAGUCCCGUACAGGUGUCUGCCCGCUUUUCCUUUCAGGCUUCUGUGUCAGCUGUUUUUCCCCUGUAGGAUGCGUCCCUGACCUCCACCCCUUAACCCUACCCAAUUUGUCUUUACCUGUCUGACCAUCAAGGCUCUCCUGGGUCAUAUUCAGUUCAUGCUGAUAUUUUC